CAUCGCUUCUUUAUCGCUUAUAACACUUGCCACCCAAUUCUCCAUUUACUUCCUCUACUGUAAAGAUGUUCAGUAUGGGGAAAAUGAAUCAUCAAUACCUGCCUUUAUUCCUUGCCUCUUUUUUGUCCUUCGUCUCUCUUUCUCAAACUUUCUCUAAUACUUCCUCUCAACAUCAUUGCCUCCCUGACCAAAGUGCUAAUUUGCUGCAACUAAGGCAAGAAUUUGUUGCAAAGAGAAUGUAUUCUGAUUACUAUAUUUACUAUGGUUCUUAUCCAAAGAUGAAGUCUUGGAAGGCAGAUAGUGAUUGUUGUUCCUGGGAUGGGGUCACAUGCGAUACAGAGAAUGGUGAGGUGAUUGGCUUAGACCUGACCAACAGUCGGCUUAAUGGGCCUCUCAACUCUAACAGCACCCUCUUCAGUUUUCGUCACCUUCGGAAACUCAACCUUGCCCUUAACAACUUCACUUUCUCCACAAUCCCGUCUGAAUUUGGCCAGCUUGUAAGGUUGACGCAUCUCAACCUCUCUUUUUCCUUCUUACAAGGCCGAAUCCCGACGGAAAUUUCAUGGCUAUCCAAUUUGGUUUCACUUGAUCUCUCUGUCAAUUAUUUUAAUUACUUUGUUGGUGGUGAUUAUCAUUAUAAAUUGUUGGUUCUCAGAAGAAUUGAUCUUGAAGCACUUAUCCAGAACAUGACAUAUUUGAGAGAGCUUCAUCUAGCCGACGUGAACAUUUCAUCCUCACUACCUCAAUCCCUGGCAAAUUUGUCUUCCUUGACUUCUCUUUCUCUGUAUGGCUGCAUUUUGCACGGUGAAUUUACCUCAGAUAUUUUCCUGUUGCCCAAGAUACAGGCCAUUGAUCUGUCAUAUAAUAGAGAACUCAUUGGUUUUCUUCCCAAAUUUCGAUUUCAUAGUUCCCUAAAGAUAUUGUAUCUCCGUGUAACAAAUUUUUCUGGGGAAUUUCCCAAUUCAAUGGAUAGCCUUGGGUCCUUGAAUGUUUUGGAUCUUUCCAUAACAAAUUUAUUUGGGGAAUUGCCCAAUUCAAUCAGCAACCUCAAAUCCUUGAAUUAUUUGGAUCUUUCCUAUACAAAGAUUUCCUGUGAAUUGCCCAAUUCCUUUAGCAACCUUAAGUCCUUGAAUUAUUUGGAUCUUUCUAAUACAGAUCUUUCAGGGGAAUUGCCCAAUUUAAUUGGCAACCUCAAGUCCUUGAAUUACUUGGAUCUUGGUUCAAGUAAUUUUUCAGGGGCAAUUCCCCCUUCUGUUGGAAACCUAUCACAGCUUACUGUUCUUUCCCUCUCAAAUAACAAUUUUCAUGGUCAGCUUCCAUCUACAUUAGGAAACCUUGCAAAACUCACUUAUCUAGGACUUGACAAAAUCCUUUACAUUCAGGAAGUACCAUCUUUCCUGAGAAAUCUUACACACCUAGAAUACUUAAGCCUUUCACAAAACAAUUUUGACUGCGGCUUCCCAAUUUGGCUAACAAAUAUUACUAAACUCCACUCGAUAGAUUUCUCAGAAAAUAAGUUAAAAGGCCCAAUCCCAUCCGAAAUAAGUAGACUUCUUAAUUUGUCUUACCUUGACUUGUCAUAUAACUCACUCACAGAGACCAUUCCCUUAGUUUUGUUUACAAUCCCUUCAUUGUCUACACUACAUCUAGAUCACAAUCAGCUUACUGGCCCGCUCAAAUUCCAAAAUAUCUCCUCAUCACCAUUAUUUGACCUGAGAUUGAGUGGAAACAAAUUGAAUGAAUUGAUUCCAAGGUCAAUUGCCAAUUUCACUAAGCUACAAUGGCUAUAUCUUUCUUCGAUCAACCUAAAGGGCAAGGUGGAGUUAAAUAUUUUCUUUGAGAUUAAAGAGCUUCAAGAUCUUGAUCUUUCAGGUAACAAAGUAUUUGUUUCAAAAGAAAAUAUCAAUUCAACUGUCCCCAAAUUCUCAUCUUUGUGGUUAUCUUCUUGCAAUUUGCCUGAAUUUCCUACUUUUCUAGAAGCCCAAAAUGAAUUGCAAACUUUGGACCUUUCCAACAACAACAUUGAAGGUAAAAUACCUAAAUGGUUUUGGAAUGUUGGAAAAGAGACAUUGGGUUCCUUAAAUCUUUCUUUUAACCUUUUAAGUAAAUUUGAGCAACCACCUGUAGUUCUUCCAUGGAAAAAUAUGUACCUUUUAGACUUGAGUUCCAACAUGUUCCAAGAGUCAUUUCCGAUUCCCCCAUUGUCUACAAAUUAUUUUUUUGCCUCAGAAAAUAAUUUUACUGGAAGUAUCCCUCCAAUGAUAUGUAAGGUGCAUACUCUGGAAGUCCUUGAUGUGUCUAAUAACCAAUUGACUGGUCAGAUUCCACAAUGUUUGCUGAACUUAAGCAAUUAUCUUGUAGUAUUGGCUAUGAGAAAUAACUACUUUCAAGGAAACUUGUCUGAAACAUUCAUAAAUGGAUGUAGUUUGAGGACACUAGACUUGAAUCACAACCAAAUAGAGGGGAAGAUUCCACGUUCUUUAGUUAAAUGUCAAAUGCUAGAAGUUCUGAAUCUUGGAAAUAACAAAUUCAAUGAUGCAUUCCCUUUCUGGUUGGAGUCUUUACCCGAGUUAAAGAUUCUUGUCUUGCGAGCAAAUGGAUUCUAUGGUCCUAUAUGGGAUCCUUGUAAAAAUUUUGGCUUAUCCAAGCUGCAUGUCAUUGACCUCUCUAAUAACAAUUUCUCUGGCAAGUUACUGUCUGAGUAUUUUCAAAACUGGAGUGCAAUCCUAGACAAAAACUCUUCACAAUCAGGGUAUAUGGGAGAUGACUCCAAUUAUUACAAAGAUUCAAUGACUAUAGUGAAUAAGGGAGUAGAAUUGAAAUUUGAAAAAAUCUUGACCAUCUUCACAGCUAUUGAUCUCUCCAACAAUAGGUUUUGUGGAGAAAUUCCAAAUAGUCUGGGGAACCUCAAGGCAUUAAUUGUACUCAAUUUAUCAAGCAAUAACUUUAUGAGCCAUAUCCCAUCAUCGUUGGGAAACCUAGUUGUGCUUGAAUCUUUGGAUCUUUCUCGAAAUAGCCUCUCUGGUGAAAUCCCUCAAGAGCUAACAAAUCUCAUAUUUCUGGAGUAUUUAAAUCUCUCUCAAAAUCAACUUAGUGGUCCAAUUCCACAAGGUCGGCAAUUUUUGACAUUUCAAAUUUCCUCUUUUGAGGGAAACUUUGGAUUGUGUGGUUUUCCGUUGUCAAAGAAAUGUGGAAAUAAUGAGAUACCAACUUCUGAAAUGAGACAUGAAUCAUCAUUGGGAGAAGGAUUUUGUUGGAAAGUGGUAGUGAUUGGAUAUGCUUGUGGAUUGGUAAUUGGAUUCCUUACCGGACAAGUUGUCACCUCAAGAAGGACAAAUUGGCUAGUGAGAAAUUUUGGAGUGAACUUACAUAGGUGAAGAUUUACACUAGUGAAGGUACUUGCUAUAGAUUU